AUGGCUUCAAGUGGCAAGAUUGACGUGCUUCUCUACGGGCUGGGAGCAAUCGGCUCAUUCUACGCCUUUGUGCUGAGUCGCAAUCCGAAUGUGCAGCUGACCGUGGUGGCGCGAUCCAACUACGAUGCUGUCAAGAAUAACGGACUCGUCAUCAACUCGGCCAACCACGGCAAACACACCGUCGUCCCUCACAGCGUGAUCAAAACGCCGGCCGAAGCAAACCAGACAUUCGACUACAUUGUCUGCGCACACAAGGCCAUUGACCAGACGUUGGCGGUGACUGCGCUCGGUCGGGCAGUUGAAGAAUCAAAAACCACUAUUGUGAUCAUCCAAAACGGAGUCGGCAAUGAAGAGCCUUUCAGAGAUACAUGGCCCAAGGCUACGAUAAUCACCUGUGUGACAUGGACAGGCGCCAUACAGAACACACCCGGCUAUGUCGAACAUGGCAAGAACGAAGACAUGCAAAUGGGGCUGUUUCCAUCUCCGCUGUCACCGAGCGAGACGGAAAAGACCCGGCUGGACACAUUCUCCUCACUUUUAACAACCGGAGGCACCAAAUUCACCGUCCUCGAAGACAUGCCGUUGCAGCGCUGGCAAAAGGUCGUCUGGAACGCGGCGUGGAACUCAAUCACCACAAUGACUCUCAUGGACUCGCGCAGCUGGCUGGACUCGAGCUCCGAGGCAAUGCCCGUGACGCGCCAGUUGAUGAACGAAGUUAUCGACGUCGGCCGGGCGUGCGGUGUCACCACUCUUGAGCACGGGUUCGUGGAUGUGUUGACGGACAGGAUUCUCGGUAUGCCGGGCAUUGUAUCGAGCAUGCAGACCGACUGCAAAGCCGGUCGGCCUCUGGAAGUCGAAGUCAUUCUGGGAUAUCCAUAUCGCAAGGCCAAGGAGCUGGGGCUGAACACGCCGACGCUGAACACGGUUUAUGCGAUUGUGAUGGGAAUUGACCGACGGCUGAGGGACGCUGCGGCGAAAAAAUAG